UAUGGCGGACAUGCAUGUGGAGCCUCAAAACAAAUUGCACCGAUUGUCCAGCUAGCCCCACCGCGAGAAAGCACCGAUACCGCGCGUGAAGCCGGGCCCGCGGUGCCCGAACAGACAGCAGAAUGGACGAGGAGAACAAACUUCAGUUCCCGUCUCUGCCCGCGACCAAGGAGGACCUUCUGGACUGGGCUUAUCCAAUGAGACGAGACAUGCAGGAGAUAUUACCGGGACUGUUUUUAGGUCCCUACUCUGCUGCAAUGAAAAGCAAGCUGCCAAUCCUUGAGAGACAGGGCAUAACGCAUGUCGUGUGUGUCCGCCAAGACAUCGAAGCCAAUUUUAUCAAACCUAAUUUCGCUCAUACAUUUAGAUACCUCGUGUUAGAUAUUGCUGACAAUCCAGUGGAAAAUAUUAUACGAUUUUUCCCUUCAACUAAAGAGUUUAUUGAUGGCUGCUUAGCAACAGGAGGAAAGGUCCUGGUUCACGGUAAUGCAGGGAUAUCAAGAAGUGCUGCCUUAGUGAUUGCAUACCUUAUGGAAACAUUUGGGAUGAAAUACCGGGAUGCAUUCAGCCACGUCCAGGAGAGGAGGUUCUGCAUCAACCCCAAUGUGGGCUUUGUGCAUCAGCUGCAGGAGUAUGAAGCGAUCUACCUCGCCAAACUGACCAUUAAAAUGAUGUCACCGAUGCAGUUGGGCAGAUCGUUCUCCUUACAGGCUGGGAUGCCAGGAAGCCGUAAACGCAGCCUGGAGGAAGAUGAGGACUUUGGAGCAAUGCAGGUCACAGCAGCACAGAACGGAUGAGUUUUGCUGAUAUUUAGCUGUGUGGUCGCAGUGCACUAAACAUCUUUUUUUUUUUCCACAUUUUUAAUGGGAUUAAAAAUGUAAAUAUUUGAACUUUUUCUAGGGGGAAGGGACUAGGGUGGGAGGGGGGGGGGGAUCACUCGUGUCUGAGACAUGGAGUACUGAAGGGGAUCGAGCUAAUUUGAUAACUCCCUUUUUUUCUCGAGCUGUAUGCACUGAUCGGAGAUUUUUUGCAGUUUUAUAGUAUUUAAAGCAUUUUGCAUUUGCAGCGGGACAGUAUUGCAAUUAUGCACUUUCGAUACUUGAAUUUGUGUAGAUGACCAGAAUGGGGCAGUCGGCAAAAAGGGAAAGUAGCCAAGACGUCGCCCAGUGGAGGACAUGAGAAGAGGAAACGCUAAUGCCUUUAUUUUGGGAGUAAUAGGAUUAUGGACUAAUAUCAGGCUUAAUGUGGGAUAGUAAGGAAUGGGGAAAUAACAACUCUGCUUAAUAAAAACAAGUCUGACUAAGUCCUGUUCACCUGUUGUUUUUAACAUCAUGACAUAAUGCUGUGCUUCUGAACUUUGCAUUUCUGUCAAAUAUUUUACAAUUUGAAGCAAGUUAUACUUAUUGUUUCAACAAACCUUUCUGGGGACCUUGCUGUGACUUAAAUAGCAGCCACUGGCAUGCAUUCCUAGUUCACCCUCCUACACAGUGUGUGAUGAGCUUUGGGAGCAGAAUGCGUCGACCCGAAAGGCUGAAAUCUAUAAGAAUUCCUUUUGGAAACAAAUUUGCAUUUACAACACUGACAUAAAUAUGUAAAUGAAGUUACAUUAGAAUUAAUGUUGGAAAAGAUUUGGUCAGGUUUUCCAACCUCCUUUGUAUGGCAGAGGCUUACUAACCUUCUAGUGAUGCAUCUACCUGCUUAAUGGUUUGAAAAUGAUACAACUAUGAUUAAUAGACAUGUCCAUCCCAGAGCUCUUUUUGUACAAUAAAACACUUUGUAUGCAUCAGCAUCGCAGUACAAAUGUAAUUGAUUUGUUUUAAGACUAUAAACACAAGCAAAGAAUCACGGUAGAUUGUAGAAUAUAUUAUGUGUCUUACAUAUUUGGAAUAAAUUACAUUAAAUAUGUUCCCCUGUUCUCCAGAAUAACAAACUUAAAUAAGAGUUAAUUUACAAAGUCAUUUUUAUCCAUUUCCCAUCACAAUAUGUUUUACUCGUUAUCACAGCUGUGAUCAAUUCUCAAAUACCGACCCAAUACAAAACGUUAAGUACCUAAUUGUUCACCUCUGCCUCACAA